CCUUCCGUGCCCGGGGCGGGCGAGCGGCCGCGUCCCUCUUCUGCGCCUCCGCCGGGGGGGAAGGGCCCGCCGUUGGCAGCGGGGGCGGCGGUGCCGGAGCGGCCCCAGAGCCCCGUCGGAGGCAGAGCCCGGGUGUGUCGUGGGGAGCCGGCGUUGGGCACCCGGGAAGCACCUGCGAUGGAGUUGCCUUUAAAUAAACAAGGGCACGAACACGAGACGCUGAUUUCCCUCCUGCCGACAAAAGCCACUGCAGCCAAGGCGAGGCCGGGCCUUUGGCUCUUGGGGCAGAGAAAAGGAGCUGGUCGCUGGCUCUCAAGGGGUCGCCUGGGGACCAGCGGGGGUGGCCUGACUGCGUUUGUGUAGAAGAGCUGGAAACCUGGAGGACUGAGAGUGAGAGGUGGCAGAUCCCCUACAGUCAGGGGAACGAGGAGGAAACUGGUGGAGAAGGAUGAGUUCUUGGCAUGGACUGUUUGCUCGGUUCUCCUCAGCUGCUGUUCCUCUCUGCUGCUGGGCACUUGGGCUUGUUGGGCCCGUUCCCAGGAGCGAGGUGGAGAAGGCCAGUCUUCAGAGCAGAGGGGAAAUGAACCCGCUGCCCUGGGUGCAUCCAGCUGUUGCCCACAGGCCGAGCCACAUCUCUGCAGGGUUGGGAUGGACUCUCCAGAAGGAAAUGCCUUAUUGCGGAAGCCAGAGAGGCCCUGGUGGUCCCCCCCUAAUUGUGGCUGUGGUAUAAACGAAGAGAGGUUGUAACAGAGCCAGCUGAUGGGAGAAGAAAGAAUCGCUGGCAGCAAAGACCCUGCAGGGACCCCGGAGAAGGCUGAGGCUUUGGGGGAGAGAGAUCCCGUUUGCAGCCCUGGAGAGAAGCCGGAGGCAAGAGGUUUCAGCGUGAAGAAGCGGCGGAAGAAGGAGAAGCGGGCGCUCCCCGAUGAGGAUGUAGCGGAGAUUCAGCACACGGAGGAGUUUUUCAUCAAGCCCGAGUCCCGCAUCGCCCAGCUGGACACGUCCCAAUGGCCCCUGCUGCUGAAGAACUUCGACAAGUUAAAUGUGAUGACAGCACACUACACCCCUCUUCCUUCCGGCUCUAAUCCCCUGAAGAGAGAGAUUUCUGACUACGUUAGGUCUGGUUUUAUUAACCUCGACAAACCUUCCAAUCCGUCCUCCCACGAGGUGGUUGCGUGGAUCCGACGCAUCCUUCGAGUAGAGAAGACUGGACACAGCGGCACUCUGGACCCCAAGGUGACUGGGUGCCUCAUUGUGUGCAUUGAGAGGGCGACACGGCUCGUCAAGUCUCAGCAGAGCGCAGGCAAAGAGUAUGUGGGAAUUGUUCGGCUGCACAAUGCAAUAGAGAGCGAGGCUCAGCUUGCCAGGGCAAUUGAAACUCUGACAGGCGCGCUGUUCCAGCGACCGCCCCUCAUUGCUGCUGUCAAACGACAACUGAGAGUCCGAACCAUCUAUGAGAGCAAGCUGGUGGAGUAUGAUCCUGAGAGAAGAUUAGGUAUCUUCUGGGUGAGCUGUGAAGCAGGCACGUAUAUCCGAACGCUCUGUGUUCACCUUGGUUUGCUGCUUGGUGUCGGGGGCCAGAUGCAGGAGCUCCGCAGAGUGCGCUCGGGCAUCCUGGGAGAGAAGGACAACAUGGUGACUAUGCACGAUGUCCUGGAUGCACAGUGGCAAUACGACAACAACAAGGAUGACAGCUACCUGCGAAGAGUUAUCCUGCCACUGGAGAAACUGCUGACUUCACACAAGCGGCUGGUCAUGAAAGACAGCGCGGUUAAUGCCAUUUGCUAUGGAGCCAAGAUCAUGCUGCCGGGUGUCCUGAGGUAUGAAGAUGGUAUUGAGCUUAAUCAGGAGAUCGUUGUCAUCACCACGAAAGGAGAAGCUAUCUGCCUAGCCAUUGCCCUGAUGACCACAGCUGUCAUUUCUACCUGCGACCAUGGCAUUGUGGCGAAGAUCAAGAGGGUGAUCAUGGAGAGAGACACCUAUCCCCGCAAAUGGGGUCUCGGUCCCAAGGCCAGUCAAAAGAAGAUGAUGAUCCAGAAGGGUCUGCUGGACAAGCAUGGAAAGCCCAACGAGAGCACGCCGGAUUCCUGGAAGAAGGAGUAUGUGGAUUACAGGGAUGCUUCCAAGAAAGAGGCAGCUGCUGUUCCCCAAGCUGUUUCAGAGGUGGAGAGGGCUUCAAAAAGGAAGCGAGAGUCGGAGAGUGAAAGUGAUGAGGCUGUCACCCCACCAUCCCCUGCCACCCCACCGCCAGAGGAGCUGACCAAAAAGGAGAAGAAAAAGAAGAAGAAAGAGAAGAAGGCCAAAGAGGCAGCUGAGAGUGGAGGAGAGCAAAUAGAAGUGGCCAGUGAGCCCAGCACCAAGAAGAAGAAGAAGAAGAAACAGAAGGAGGUAGAAGAGAGCUCAGAGUAAGCAACUGGAUCUGUCCAAAGCAGGCGACCUCGUCGGUAGAGAAGGGAGGAGUCUGAGGCCUUGAGAAAAAGAGGACUGGCCACAUGGCAGAGGGGCCAGCAGGUCCCGAGCUCCUUUUCUGCUGUGUAUAGGAGUGAGCAGGUGUGUUUGUCCAGGAUACACCCUGCUCGGGUCCCCCUCCUCAUCCUGUUUUAAGGGUCUCCGGAGGAGUGGGGUGCCUGACUGCCCCUGCGCUGGAUUGCUCUCUAAAGCUGAACACCACGAUGCCAAUAGAAGUGGUAUCUUCAGGGAAGCUGUAGCUCCUGGCUCUUGGUGUCUCUGUUUUUAUCUUGAGAGGGAGGAAUAACGUUUCUCCCCCUUUUUUCCUGCCUCUUUCUUCCUUUUCUUCCAAGGUUGGAGCUGUUACCUGACAGUCACAGAAUGUGUUGAUAUCUGGAGGACUGGCUUUGUCACAGCCCAUUUGAAUCAAUUUGGAUGGGGACGAUCAACUGGUUAUUUGAAGGGCUCUGGUUGGUUUUAACCUCCAGUAUGCUUGGCUUGACCUUCAGCUAGAGGAGAUCAAAUAGUCCACCCAGAUAGUCUUCGGUACUUUUUUUUUAACUUUUAUCAUGAAAGGAUUAGAACAUUAAAUUCCUUCUUUUUGCUUUAUAGUGCUGGGACCCGCUUGUUAGUUGUCGGCUGAUCCCCAGACCCAGUGCCCCAGUGACCAUCUCAGUGUGUCCCUCUUGCUGGCUCUUUGCUUUUCUCUACCCAGUUGGAAUGGGACAGCAAUGCUUUCAGCUGCCUUCUGUUAUUUUGAUAUGUAAUAUGCUCUGAAGGCUGGAGGUGGGGAUGCUGCUGGGGGGGCAGAAGUGAAGUGACCAGAAGGCAGCUGGUCACUGCUUUUCUAAAGGGGCUGUUGGGACUGGAGUCCUUGUGAGGAAGACCUUGGCCAGAGGCAGCUUUGCAAGGGACACUGGGUGUGGGGCUUGAGCGGUUUCAGAAAGACUUGUCCUAAUUUCCUGAUCUGGGGUGGCUGGCUGGGGGUGGGAGGUCUCUCCUUUCUCACAGGGUAGCACUGAGCCAGGAUUUUUAACCUCUUUUUAAUGGGGAAUGAUUCAGGCUGCUUUGUUCUGAGUUUCAUCCCUGCAGAGAUUCUGUAACGGUUGUCUUAGCCUUGUACAUUGUUUCUAUCUUAACCAUCUGACUCUUCUCCUCUCCAACGCUAGAGAUAAAUGCAGGCAGUAGGGCCAGCAGCUGGUGGCUGUCAGAACCCGAGCAGAAAGGAUAAA